AUGGAUACCGCCAUUGACUUGUCCGAUGCUUCAAAAGCGUUGGAUUUGGACAAUAUCCGGUUUCAGUUGAUUCGCCUGGAGGACACAAUCAUUUUCCACUUGAUAGAACGAGUACAAUUCCCGCUGAACGCUAGCAUCUACGACCCUGUGGCUCUGCCAGUGCCCACAAGCAAUCUGGCGCUACCUCCGAACAUCUCGUUGGCCGACUACCUCCUCUCCGAGACCGAGCGCCUACAUUCGACGGUGCGCCGCUAUGAUGCGCCAGACGAAUAUCCUUUCUUCCCUCAGGUGUUGCAACGUCCCAUACUUCAACCCAUAAAGUAUCCCAAGCUUUUGCACGACAACGACGUCAAUGUCAAUGAUGUCAUCAAGGAGAAAUACAUCAAAGAGGUGUUACCUGAGGCCUGCCGGAAGUUUGGACGGGAAGAUCGAGGCGAGACCAAAGAGAACUAUGGGAGUGCUGCAACCUGUGACGUUGCCUGCUUGCAAGCGUUGAGCCGACGGAUACACUUCGGAAAGUUUGUGGCCGAAAGCAAGUUCCAGGCGGAAACGGAGAGAUUCGUGAAACUUAUCAAGGCCGAGGACCGCGCAGGGAUCGACGCCGCCAUCACCAACGCAAAGGUUGAGCAACAGGUUCUGGAGAGACUGCGCCUGAAGGCCAGAACUUAUGGCCAGGAUCCUUCUACAGGCAGCAGUGGGACUGUUAACGGCGAGGGCAAGAUUGAUGUCGAGGCAGUCGUGAAGAUGUAUGCCCAAGUAGUCAUUCCCUUGACCAAGGUCGUCGAGGUUGAAUACCUCAUGCAAAGACUCAAGGGCACCGAAUGGGAAUGA